AUGGGGUAUCUUCAAGCCAGCAACACUGGCCACGAUAUCGCCGAAAAAAUGAAUAUUGAUGAAAAAAAUAAAUACGUCAAAGGCAAAAAACUAGGAGAAGGAACAUACGCAAACGUCUACCUUGGCCAUCUACGGCUAUCCCCCAGUACGCUUGUAGCCAUCAAAAAGAUAAAAGUUCAAAAGGAAUAUACCGAAGGCCUCGCUCCGGAUGCUAUACGAGAACUCAAACAUCUACGAGAACUUACGCAUCCAAAUAUUAUCUCGUUACUUUCUGUUUUCACCUCCAAAGAUCAAAACCUUAAUCUUGUCCUCGAGUUUUUACCAUUGGGAGAUCUCGAAAUGUUAAUUAAGGAUACAGAAAAUAUACGUUACGGUGCUGCAGAUAUAAAGGCUUGGAUGGGUAUGCUCAUACGGGCAGUUUGGUUUUGUCACGAAAAUUUUGUGCUGCAUCGCGAUAUUAAACCUAAUAACUUAUUGAUUGCCGCGGACGGUGAAGUGAAAUUAGCAGAUUUUGGAUUGGCAAGAUCUUUUGCCGAUCCCUAUAGGCCCAUGACAUCUAAUGUUAUUACAUUAUGGUAUCGUCCUCCUGAACUACUAUUCGGUGCUAAGCACUACUCUGGAGCUGUUGAUAUCUGGAGUGUCGGUCUUGUAUUUGCUGAGUUAAUUCUCCGUGUUCCAUAUCUCGCUGGUGAGUCAGAAGUUAUGCAGAUCAAGAUUAUAUGUCAAGCAAUUGGGACACCCACAGACGAUAAUUGGCCCGGGGUUUCUAAACUACCUGGAUAUACUGUAGCCGAGAUUCUCCCCUUGCAACCAAAAGAAAUGUACAUGAACAUGUUUGGAACAGCUGGUGAAGAAGGAGUAGACUUGCUCAUGCAGAUGCUGGUACUAGAUCCAAGGAAGAGAAUUAAUGCUCGAAAAGCACUACAAAACAGCUGGUGGAUGGCAGACCCGCAACCGACGCCGAAAGGAGAGUUGCCUAAAAAAGGCGAUAUCCUAGAGAAAGGUCCCUUGGAGAAUUUGAAUGUAAAUUAUGGGAUCUUAAAAGAUGAUGAGAGAGGAACCAAGGUUUCUCGCAAGUUGGAUUUUUCUGGCAUGAAAUAG